AUGCCGUCGGAAAAGAAAGAGAUGCCAUAUUCGUGGGAACUAGUAGUUGAGGCUAACCACAGAGGCACAAUUGAGGACCUGGACCUUGCCCUACUCGCUGCCUUCGAGGAAUCAGAGGAAGCAUACAAUAUCUGUAUUGACUCUGCUCGCGCAAACGCUUCAGUCUUCAACAAAGCAGAUCGUCUAGCAUACCUUCUCGAUGAAGGCCACAUUGACAUAAACAAGAUCGGCGCUGCAUCCGUAUCGAAUACUUACAAGUCGUCUCCCAUCGAGUGCGCUGCCGUGCUCGUUUCUCGAGGUUGGAAUAUCAACCAGCGACAGCCACUCAAAGGAAAGUACAACACGCCAGUCAACACUGAGUGCGACAAGAAACUGACCGACGAGACUUUGCUUGCAGAUGUUGCUUCAUUUGGAAGCACCGACACAUUCAAGCUCUUACAUGAGUAUGGUGCACCAAUCAGCGAGUCAACUUUACACAACGCUGCCUGGCGUGCCAGGCCUGAGAUGGUCACCUUUCUGAUAGAUGAGAUCGGCCUGGAUAUGAACAAGGUAUAUGAGGGACGACAUGAGCCAAUGCUUCUUCACCAAACCCCUCUCGCCUCUGCAGCCAUUUCUCCCUUCUUGAAAGCUGGAGAAGUCAUUAAUAUUCUGCUUGAGCGAGGCGCAGACCCUUACCACAAGGAUUGCAAUGCUUUCGAUGAGGCAAGAGGCGACUCGGCUAUCAAGAUCCUUCGUGAAUGGGAGCAGAAAGAACAAAAGGAAGACCAAGAAGGGCCAAAAACAAAGAAACGAAAGACAUCAAAGUAG